UGGCCGUGCGCCUUGCUCUCGCUCUUCCGCCAUGGCUGCAUUACCCAGCGCUGUGCACCUUCGGCGUUGUGUGGUGUCCCCAGCCGGGAGACACAGUGCUUCGCUGAUCUUCCUGCAUGGCUCAGGUGACUCUGGCCAAGGACUGAGACAGUGGAUCAAGCAGGUACUAAACCAAGACCUAACAUUCCAGCACAUAAAGAUUAUUUAUCCAACGGCUCCCUCCAGGCCAUAUACUCCUCUGAAGGGAGGGUUCUCCAACGUGUGGUUUGACAGAUUUAAAAUAUCUAACGACUGCCCAGAGCACCUCGAAUCAAUCGAUAGCAUGUGUCAAGUGCUCACUGGAUUGAUUGAUGACGAAGUAAAAAAUGGCAUCGAGAAAAGCAGGAUAUUAAUAGGGGGAUUUUCUAUGGGAGGCUGCAUGGCGAUGCAUUUAGCCUACAGAAAACACCCAGGAGUGGCAGGAGUAUUUGUUCUUUCUGGUUUUCUGAAUAAAGCCUCUGCUGUUUACCAGGAUCUUCAGCAAGGUGGCCGCGCGUUCCCCGAGCUCUUCCAGUGUCAUGGCACUGCGGAUGACCUAGUUCUUCAUGCGUGGGGUGAGGAGACCAACUCAAACCUGAAGUCUCUGGGAGUGAGCACAACGUUUCACAGUCUCCCAGAUGUGUACCAUGAGCUCAGCAGAACUGAGCUGGAGAGGCUAAAGUCAUGGAUUCUCACGAAGCUGCCAGGAGAGACAGAAGGGCGAGUGAGUGAGCCCUGACCCAGAUCUUAUCCUCACAAAAGAUCAUUGAAACAGCCAGCACCCCCGUGUUAUACAAAUGAAAUUGCUUAUCUAUUUUUAUUCAGAAUUGUCUUGAAAAUCAUCACAAAGUGAAUGUCAGCUGUUUAUUUUGUCACUGCACAGGUGCCACUGAGAGGGCACACUGGGAUUUGCUUGUCCAUUCACCACAGAUUUGAGUGACUCCCUGUGUGAGGCCAUCAUAAAUAGGGCUGUUGUGAAGUGGAAACAUCUCCCUAAGGGUGGGGAGCUGGGUGACCCGCUGUCGCAUCUCCUGAAGCCGCCCAUUUC